GGCCGCCCCCGUCCGCUCGGGGCUGUGCGGCCCCCGCCCGCCCGCCCGCGGGCCGCAGGAGAAACAGUUUUAGAAGUGUGUGAAGCUUGCUAUCACUUACUUUAGAAUAUUCAAAAUAGACACCAGGGGCCAGUUCUCUCCUCAGGUUAGCUCAAGAUGGCAGACCAGAGGCAACGCUCGCUCUCUACCUCUGGGGAGUCCUUGUACCACGUGCUGGGGCUGGACAAAAAUGCCACUUCAGAUGAUAUCAAAAAGUCUUACAGGAAACUGGCAUUGAAAUAUCAUCCUGAUAAAAACCCUGAUAAUCCAGAGGCAGCAGAAAAAUUUAAAGAGAUCAAUAAUGCCCACGCAAUAUUGACGGAUGCCACAAAGCGGAACAUUUACGAUAAGUAUGGGUCUCUGGGGCUCUAUGUAGCUGAGCAGUUUGGUGAAGAAAAUGUGAACACAUACUUCGUGCUGUCCAGCUGGUGGGCAAAGGCCUUGUUUGUGUUCUGUGGGCUCAUCACAGGCUGCUACUGCUGCUGCUGUCUGUGCUGCUGCUGUAAUUGUUGCUGUGGGAAGUGUAAACCAAAACCUCCCGAAGGCGAGGAGCAGGAAUUCUACGUCUCUCCAGAGGACUUGGAGGCACAGUUGCAGUCAGAUGAAAGGGAGGCCUCAGACGCACCUAUUGUGAUACAGCCAGCAUCAGCCACAGAGACAACCCAGCUCACAGCUGACUCUCACCCCAGCUACCACACUGAUGGAUUUAAUUAAGUUAAGGAAACACUGUCAUUAGAAUGGAUAAAAAAAAAUACAUGGCCAACUCAACACUAGAAUCAUGAACAUUAGAAGUAGAGAACGGGGAGGGGGAAUAAUUCUGCCACAGUAAGAGGGCAGCUUUCCAACCUGCCGAAAAUAUUUUGUAAUCCCUUCAGCCUUUUGUCACCUUUCAGUGUCGUAUCUCGACGAUACGUGAAGUGCUGUAGCAUGCAGUAUUUAAAGCAGUUUAGCUACGGUCUUAUUUGUUUCCUUUCUUUUGGUUUUUUUUUUUCCUCCUGUUUUGUUUUGUUUUUUGUUUUUUUUAUAGCAUGUAUGGAGUUAUGUUAAAUGUCUGUGGUGUAAUGUAUUGAGUUGUCACAAUAUCAGUGCGGUGGAGACAUUCUGCAUUUUAAGCAGCAGUACUGGCCUAAAAAUGAGAUUUGAAAAGUGUCACAGAAGGCACUGUUCUUCUGUACAGCUGAGCUGUUGAAGACCUUUAGAAGUUGAGGAUUUUCAUUUGAGUGCAACAAACCAAUUCUUUCAUUCCUCCUUCUAUUCCUGCAUUAUUAUCUAAGCAAGUUUACAAAGCCAAGAACCAAAAAAUGCCAGUCCUGCAGAGCUGGAGUCCUCUCUAAUGCUGGUUUUCAGCUUAAAUAAAUCUACCUUGAAAAAUAAAAAGGGAGAGUUGCCAAUCUUUGAACAGUAAAUUGAACAGCUCGUUGUGUAUGAGGCGAUCUCCAGUGACAAUGGAUCCAAAACCAACUGGGAAUGGGCUCCUGUGGUGGUGGCAGUGGGAUUUUAACUCCAAGCACAAUUCUGUUUUGAUUUGAGUUCAGUUGUUUUCCUGUAAUGCUAAAGACCAAAUAGUGCAGCUUUGUUUCUGAAUGCAUGAGAAUCUUAAAGUGAAACUGGUUAACUGGCUCUCACUGAGCAAAUGGUAAAAUGCAGACAGUAGGCAACAGCAGAAAUGUUUAAAAACAAUUGGUGUUUAAAAAUUUGUUCUAAUAAUUUGAGACUUUUAAUAGGCAAAUGGGGUAUUACAUAUCUUUUUUUAAAAGCUUUUAUAAUACACUAACCCUUUAAUUUAAUGAACAUCUUUGUGGAGUACUUAAAUGGGUUUUAAGGAACAAACCACCAUUCUUUGUGUUUAUAUUGUAUAAUUUGCACAUUGUCUUGCAUUUAGAUUUGUUUACACCAUUGUUUCUCUUUUCUUUGGAACAACUAUGUGGAAAUCACUGAAAGGUUUCCUGUACUAUUUUGAAACCAAAUCAAGUCUGAAUUCUGUUCUAGAAACUGUGGUUUACUGAGGUUUGACUGUUAAAAAGGCAUUUUAGGCAGCUGCUGAAUUACUGGUGUAUAUUGUUGUCAAUAGUCCUGCUUUAGGUGAUCCAGAGUCAGAUCUAGAACAGCUCAGAGAACCCACACUUGGCACUUUCAGUGGGUAAUUACAGCCUUGUUAAUUUUAAUCAUCACGGUUUUGUAUCACAAUGCCUCUACUGUCCCUUGUACCCCCAUCCCCCUGAUCUGUUUUCCCCUCUUUCUAUGGAGGGGCUGUUGGCACCUUCCCCUUGUGUCUGCUGCUCCCUCGCCAGCUCCAGGUGGUGCUUUGAAGCAGGGUAAAGAUCCAUUGGUCUGCACAAAGGCUGCCAGGAAAGGGCAGGGACCCAGAGAACUAUUCUGAAUAUAUUUUCCUGCUGUCUUUGCAUGAGCAACGUGAAAUCUGCCAUGAAACCAUGUUAAACGUGCUGGGUAGGAGAACAUGUUCUCCCCAAGGUCUCAGUGCUCAGUGAGGAGUGUUUGCACACCCAGACUUUGCUGUGGCUGUUGGUACAAACACAUAUUUGCCUGCAUGGGAGCUUGCUGCAGAUCAGCAUGAUUUUAGUACCAUAUCCAGCCCCCAAAAUUCCCCCAAAAAUCUGUUCCUUUUAAUUAAUGGCUCAAUUUCAGCAGCACACUCCUUAAGUCAUUUCUUCUUUGCCCAUAGUCCUUACAGACCUGAAAUGUGGUGGUUUAGGGCAAGAUACAUUUAUCUUUUCCUGACUUGGAUGGCCUUGAGGACAUUUGUGUGAUUUGGCUUGAGGUCCUUAUUUAGUUAAUGACUUUCUUUGACCCCUUGGAACAAAAAGCCAUUUUUAGGCUUAAACCCAAUAUAAUUUUGUCUGUCCCUGUAGUUUUUGCCUGAAGCCUGUUCUGGAUGUAAAAUUGCACUCUGGAAUAUGGUGGGGCAUGUGCAGGCUUUGUCCUCUCCACAUUCACUGGUUAAAAUUGCCUGUAUCUGCAAAUUGUGUUCUUGGUA